CAAGUUAUAGUGAUAACUGAUUACAAUUACAUACUCUUUGUUAUUAUUCUUAAUUUUAAUAUUUUUUGUCCACAGACCACUGCCACAGACCAGCUGUUGUUUUCGUCGAUGAUGUUUGGUUAUCCUCCAAAAUUAAUCUUAUUACGUUGAGAGUAAUUAAUGUUAUCUUUUUGCAGUCUUUUAGUAAAUUAACGUGAUUACAUUACUGAUUAAUGAUAAAGUUUUACUGAUCGGUUGGUGAUCGGCACGGCAUUUGAUUGUUUUUUUAAAUACUUAGCUAAUUUGAAUAUUAACUUUGCAGACACAGGUUCACAGCCAUGAGUGAGCGGCCGCAGCCCCUGAAGGCUGUAAACAGGAUUUUUGAAGGGAAAGAGCCAUGGCAGAUUGUGACAAUGACUGCAUCAUCAGUGCUGGCUAUAGUUUGGGCACACAGCUUGUAUAAUGGAAGAGAGAGUGUCCCAGUGAGGUUACGGAAGGAAUUCUUCAGAUGGCUCCGACAAGUCCCCUUUGUGAGGAGGAAGAUAGAAGACAAGAUGUCAGAAAUAAAGAAAGGCUUCAAGAAAGACGUCGCGAAGCGUCUAGCUGGCGUGACAGUCUACAGGCAACUGCCCGAAGAUGGGUUCACAGCCGAGCAAGUGGCUGAGGAGAUCAGGCAACACCUUGUUUUGGGUGCUUACGACUGGAAAGGCGGCAACGUCUCCGGCGCAGUGUACCACGUCAACGAAGACAUCAGCAACGUGGCGUGCCAGGCCUACGCUGUCACCGCCUACACGAACCCGCUCCACGCGGACGUCUUCCCCGGCAUCAACAAGAUGGAGGCCGAGAUCGUCCGCAUCACUGUUAAUUUGUUCAACGGUGAUGAAGAGUGCUGUGGCACAGUAACCACGGGAGGUACAGAGUCCAUUAUGAUGGCAUGCAAAGCAUUCCGAGACCUGGCCUACAGUAAAGGCAUAACCAAUCCUCAGAUGGUCUUGCCUUCGACCGCACAUACGGCUUUCGACAAGGCAGCCCAGUAUCUAGGCAUUGGCAUAGUAACUGUGCCUGUAUCAUCUGACACUUAUACAGUUGACUUGGACGCUGUUCAGAGAGCUAUUGGAAGAAGGACAUGUAUGAUAGUAGGGUCGGCACCUAACUUUCCGUACGGCACGAUGGACGACAUAAAGGCGCUGUCAGACAUCGCAGUGGAGUACGACGUGCCCUUGCACGUGGACGCGUGUCUGGGGGGCUUCAUAGCCGCGUUCAUGCCGCGCGCCGGACACGACGUGCCUCUGUUCGACUUCAGGCUGCCCGGCGUCGCGAGCAUAUCCGCCGAUACACACAAGUAUGGUUACGCGCCGAAAGGCACCUCAGUCAUAGUGUACCGCAAGCCGGAGUACCGCCACUGUCAGUACACUGUCAGCACCGAGUGGCCGGGCGGCGUGUACGGCUCGCCCACUGUCAACGGCAGUCGCGCGGGCGGGCUGAUCGCGGCGUGCUGGGCCACGCUGAUGUUCGUGGGCCACUCACGCUACGUGGCGAUGGCGGACGAGGUCAUCAGCACCGCCAGAUACAUCGAAGCCGGGCUCCGCAAGAUCGAAGGCCUGUUCAUCUUCGGCAAGCCCGCGACUACGGUGGUGGCGUUUGGCUCCAAGCGCUUCGACAUCUUCAAGCUGGCGGACGAGCUGCACAAGAGGGGCUGGAGCCUCAACACGCUGCAGUUUCCAUCGGGGAUUCACAUCGCAGUAACGCACGCACACACACAGUCCGGGGUCGCGGACCGCUUUCUCGCAGACGUGCAGACUGCGACGAAGAUUUGUCUCAAGGAAGGCUCCGAGCCUGUACAGGGGAAGAUGGCGAUCUACGGCGUCGCACAGAGCAUACCCGAUCGGAGCCUGGUGUCCGACAUCACGAAACACUUUAUAGAUUCCAUGUAUUAUCUGCCCAAACCAGAAGACAACGAAGAGAAAAACUAGGUUUUAAAAUAUGAUUAGUUUAGUAAAUAAUAGGUACGACGUAUCAUAUGGGUUGUGUCGAAAUAGUGAUGAGUUUUCCGUAGGCGAAAAAAAUAUAGAUCACCUAAGAAUUGUUUGUCGUUUCCAUAUUAUGCGGAAAAAAUAUAUAACGAGCUGGUGCCCACGACUUCAUUAGUCAAAAGUAGCCUAUGUCGACAUCUGGGGUGCAAGCUAUUUAAAAAAUAGCUCUUUUAAAUAUUUGGUUGCUUUAUAAAGUAAAUAGAUUAAAAGUCUCGAUAUUUUAACAUUAUUUAGUAAGUAAACAUAAGUUUAUUUAAAGGAAUGUAUUCAUCUAUAAGACUUAAUGCUGUUUUUAUUAAGCUUUAAUUUUUACAAUAUUUAUUAAGUAUUACAUAUUAUUACGUAUACUUUGACCAGUCUCGACGCGUUUGAACACAUUUUUACAAUUGCCUUUAUUAACACUUCGUACGAACGUAACAUGUAAACUGCAUUCCAAAGUAAACCUCCAAUUAAAGUCUUCCAUGCAAGUUCACUCGAUCCAGAAGACUUGAAUCGUGUCAAACGGCCGGUAAUUGUAGUGAUUUUUAUUUUUAUUUUUUCCCUGCCAAUUUUAUUGUAUUUACUACUACAGAUAGAUAUAUAUCCUACCAUUAACUAUCAAUUAUUGGAAGAAUAGAUAAUGCUCUCAAACUGUAAUAUUCUAACAAGCAAGCUAAAGUACCCUUCCAAUUGCCUGUGUAAAUCCACUCGUUCAAAUUAACUCAAGUCGUGUCAACCGGCCUUGAAUAAAAUGAUUUGUCAUCAUUUUUGCAUAUAAGUAUAGUUCGCGACAAAUCGACAUGGCAAUCGGCGUAUGAGGCGA